UAAUGAUAGUCCAUCUUGUUUUUUUUGUUUUCCCUUAUAUUAAGCAACUAUGAGUUUACUCGAAAAGGAAGUAACGAAAUAUAUGAUAACGGCGGAUAAUUCCUCGGCAGAAGCCAUUGAAGCUGUUCGAAACCUUGUCACAAUUGUCAACCAAGGAUCUGUUCAAGACAAACUUUUGCAGCUUAUUCAAACUAUGGGUGAAUACUUGACAAAUGAUGAUGAAUUUGUUCGUGCUAAAGCCACAGGACUCUUGUCAAGCACAUUGACAGAUUGUAAACAAGAAGAUAUCAAUGAAUCAGCUGCGUCUGUGCUUGUUGAUUUCUACUGUGAAAGAUUGACAGACAAGACUUGUGUUCAAAAUUUAUUAGAUGGUCUUGUUGCUUUGACAGGUUACUCGAAUUUCACGGAUAAAAAUGCAGUCUUUGUCUCAAAAAGAAUAUUUCAACAUGUACCAGUACAACAAUUCCCUCAACAUACUCGUAAUUCUGCUUUCAAAGUGUUUCAUCAAUUGAUUCAAAGACAUGUCAAUGCACUCAAGUCAAUUAACAAUGAAUUUGUAUAUGGAUUUACUCAAAUCUUGGAUGGUGAAAAAGAUCCUCGAAACUUGAUGUGUGCUUUUCAAAUUAUGAAGAAUAUUGUGUAUCAUUUUGACAUUUCCAGUCAUGUCGAGGAUAUAUUUGAGGUCACAUUUUGUUAUUUCCCCAUUACAUUCAAACCACCUCCAGAUGAUCCUUAUGGCAUUACUGCUGAUGACCUGAAGGUCAGUCUUAGAGAAUGUAUUUCAUCCACACCUUAUUUUGCCAAGUUUGCUUUACCUUUGAUCUUGGAGAAGUUGUCUUCAACAUCUGGCAGUGCAAAGAAAGACUCGAUGGAGACAUUGGCUGCUUGUGCUCCUGUGUAUGGUGCCUCUGCUAUAUUACCUCAUAUCACCGAGAUCUUUAAUUGCCUGAAACUAGAAGUAUUUCAUGCUAUUGAUGCUCCUCUAGAAGAUGCUGCUGUUGAAUCCAUUCGUGCUGUUGUGAGUGCAUUAAAUUCGGGCUUGACAACAUCCGAGGGUGAUCCCACUGAAAAAGCACUAGAGCCCUUGAUCGAAGAAUGUGCUACUAACCUGAAGGAUCCCGAUAUGAAAGACUCCAAACAAACAGGUCGUAUCUUGAAGGCUGCUGCUUCAGCCUCUCCUCCUGCUUGUCAUUAUGUUGUGGAUCAUACUGCUCCUUUAGUGUUGAAGCAAUACCGUGAAACAAGCGUGGCUACAUUAAAGAAAGCAAAUGUGGAUAUCAUGAUUGAUUUAUUAGAAGCUUGUAAAUUCCUUACCUCAAACAUCAAAGAUUAUGAGUCUCCUUUGUUGGAAUACAAGGAUCGAUUUUUUGGUAUCUUUGAGUCUUGUUUGAUUGCUUCAAAUGAAUAUAACUUGCUGCGUCUCUCUGGAUUACGCGGUUUACAACUUAUGAUCCUUUCGGAAGGCUAUUUAGAAGUAAACGAAGUGGGUCUUGCUAUUCAAUCUAUCAAUCAAAUUUUGUUGAACGAACAAGACCAAGAACUUAGAUCUGCUGCCCUUGGGGCCCUUGAAGCUACCUGUCAAAUUCAUAGUAAAUAUAUUAUCGAGUUGACUUUGCCUGCUCUUAUCCAACAGCUGCCUGAUACAAUGACGAAUGAGAAUUGUAUUGAUAUACUUUAUGCGUUCAAAGUACUGGCCCCUGUACCUGCUGUUUACCCACAUGCUAUGCCUCUUUUGACUGAAAAGUUUGACAAGGUGUGCGAAAAUGAUCAUACUCCUUCAUAUGCACUUGCCAUGAUUGAUACAAUGUUGCACAUCUUUAAGACAAAAGCAGCUCAAAAACACACUGAUUUGGCUGAAGGAGUAAAUACGUUUGUACCUCAUUUUGUGAAAAAAGCAGUAGAAGCAUCGCUUGGUCAAUCUUCCUUGAUCUUGAGUCCCCACAUCUUGGAAAAAGUGGCGCUUAUUAUCAUCACCAUUUUCUCAAAGGCCGAUGCUAGUGCUCAAAAAUCAUUUGUCGACAAAAUGUUUCGAUUGUUUGUAAACGGUCAAUUACCUGAAAUCGGUGUGACCCAAACAACUCUUUUUAACCCACUUGAUGGUACUUGUACGAGUAACGAACAAAAAGAGACAUGUCGACUCUUUAGUGCUAUUGUAUGCUCGUUAAGAAGAGAUGUCCAACUCCCUAUUUCGAGCUUAGAAGAUUAUUUAAAUGAGCUAGUAACACUUGCUCUAAGUGCUUCUAGACAGGUUCAAGUGACUUGUGCUUCUAGAAUCAUUGGAUCUUGUGUGAACAAAUGGAAAAAUAAUGCUGCCUUGACUGAAUACGUCAAGUCUACUGCACUUGUAUUGGAAGAUGUCAUCACACAAAAGACUGAUAAUAGUAAGCAUGCUUUGGAGGUUUAUUUGUGGAUCACAAAAGCACUUGUUUUGUGCACACAUCCCUUGGGUUACGAGCUUACGAACAAGUUGAUUGAAUGGUGUGGUGAUAACACAGCCGGUCUACAGGCUCCUCAAGGAUUCCAUGUUGUUAUUGGAGAAGAUGAAUUAGCACUGACUAAAACCACGUUUGCUAUCACUACUAUUCUCUAUAAGCAACGUUUCUUUAGCUUCUGUUUACCAAAAUUAUUAGAAGGAUUCCGCUCAACUCAGGAUGAUACUAUCAAACCCAAUUAUUUGAUUGCCCUUUCUCAUGUGUUGAGAAAUGUACCCAAACAAAUCUUACUGAGCGAACUACCUCCUCUUGUACCCUUGUUGAUUGAAUCUCUUGCUUUAGAAGAUGGUGAACUCAAAGUAUCCACUUUAGAUACAUUUAGUUUAGCCGUAGAAGAAGCAUCUGAUGUAAUUGCGCCUCAAAUCAGAACCAUCUUGCCUUCCUUAUUGGCUCUUCUUGGUCCUGAUUUACAAAACUCGAUCCGUGUGCGUGUGGCAGCUCUGGCUUGUUUAGCCAAGUUCCCCAUGUUUGUUGCUAAGGAUGCACUUUUACCACACGUUCAGUUUGUCAUUAGACAGCUCAAGACACCUUUAGAUGACAAAAAGCGUGUAGUUAGAAAAGAAGCUGUUGACUGUAGAUCAAAAUGGUUCACUAUUACUGCUUAAACAACUUGUAAAAAUAAAACAAUAUCUAAACUUACAUAUUCGA